UGGAUUAAAUUUGCCGACAGAAAAUCGUCCUCCUGGAAACCUUAACAGUCUAAUGGCUGGCAGAAGGGUUGCGGUGUUCCCCUCCGCGGCAGAGCUGGGCCCGGUGCUGGCUCAUCUGGUGGCUUCUCGGGCUGAGAAAGCCAUUUCCUCCAAUGCCCGAUUCACCCUGGGCCUUUCCGGAGGAAGCCUCGUGUCCAUGCUCAGCAAGGAGCUGCUCCGUCUGCCAGAUCUGGACUGCAGUAAGUGGGUUGUCGGUUUCUGCGAUGAGCGGGUUGUGCCCUUCGAUGAUCCUGAGAGCACAUACGGGCUGUACAAGAACCACUUGUUCACCAAGAUCAACAUUCCCGAGAGUGGUAUCUUGGCCAUCAAUCCGUCUCUGCCAGUGAAUGAGUGUGCCGAGGAUUAUACCUGUAAACUGAAAGAGGCCUUCCCUAACGACGGCAUACCCAAGUUUGAUAUGCUAUUGCUAGGAAUGGGCCCUGAUGGACACACCUGCUCCCUCUUCCCAGAUCAUCUUCUCCUGGAGGAAACCAGAAAGAUUGUGGCCCCCAUCAGUGACUCUCCUAAACCACCGCCACAGCGUGUGACCAUGACGUUUCCUGUUGUCAACGCUGCAAGCUGUGUGGUCUUUGUGUCGACAGGGGGCAGCAAAGCACCGGUGUUAAAGGACGUGCUGGAGGGUGGGAAAGGUCCAGUGUUCCCUGCAGCUCGUGUGCUCCCUACAGAUGGAGAGUUAUUCUGGCUCAUUGAUGAGCCAGCGGCCGCCUCCUUAACCAUCCAGGUAGAGAGGCCGGGCUCGGGUGCUAAACUAUAAAACUGUGAAGAACAGAAGAAAGAAUCGGGGACGUCGCCACGGUUGUUGUUGUAACUGGAUGUGUAACAUUCCCCAUUUCCACUUGAACGUGUGUUUGUAUGAGUAAGCCUAUGGGAUGUUAGACGUUGACUGUGAAACAACAGCCAGAAUAAUCCGUUAAUCAGAAUCAGAAUACUUUAUUCAUCUCCGAGGGGGAAAUGGAGUCAAAUUUCACUCUCAAUAAUGAUACUUGCACUGUUUUGGAACGAGUUUGAUUAAAGUGUGUGUUUAAUACACGUGUUUAAUAAAUGUGUGUGUGCCGACAAAUAAAUGUUGGGUUGUACAAAUAA